CAAUGGUGUUUUCCAUGUUGUUGAGCUUGGCCAUGCUGGGUUUUCUGCUUUAUUUGUUCUUGACAUUGGUAUUCUCUUGCUGGAUUAUUCCCAUUGGAGCUUACCGCAGGAUAAAGAAGAAUGGGUUUGUGGGUCCAACUCCAAGCUUUCCCGUGGGAAAUAUUAGAGAGAUGAGAAAUAAUAGUACGGAUCGUGUUGAACUUGGAUCCUCUGCUAUUUCACAUGAUAUACACCGCACUGUGUUUCCUUACUUUGCUCGUUGGCAGAAAUCAUAUGGAAAAUUGUUUAUUUAUUGGCUGGGGACGGAGCCAUUUUUGUACGUGGGAGAGGCAGAGUUCCUGAGAAAAAUGUCAUCGGGAGUGUUGGGAAAGAGCUGGGGAAAGCCCAGAGUGUUUAAAAAGGAUAGGGAGCCCAUGUUCGGAAGUGGGUUGGUGAUGGUCGAAGGAGAUGACUGGGUUCGUCAUCGCCAUGUUAUUACUCCUGCAUUCUCUCCAUCUAACUUGAAGGCUAUGGCAAGCUUAAUGGUGGAACCGGCAACAAAGAUGCUAGACAGGUGGGCAGCCCUAAUAAACUCUGGCAAACCCGAAAUCGACGUCGAACGAGAGAUCACGACGACGGCGGGGGAAAUCAUUGCAAGGACUAGCUUCGGGUUAAGCUACCAAAACGGGAGCAAAGUGUUCGAAAAAUUAAGAGCCAUGCAAAUCACCCUUUUCAACUCAAACCGUUACGUGGGUGUGCCAUUUAGCAAAUGGAUGUGCCCUAGGAAAAACCUAGAGGCCAAGAGACUCGGCAAAGAGAUCGACCAACUGCUUUUAUCCAUCAUCGACGGUCGAAAGAAUUGUUGGGACGGAUCGUCUCCUCCGAAGGACUUGCUCGGUUUAUUGAUGGACGGCAGCCAUGUCGCUGGCAGGGUCGGGAAGAGCUUGACGGCGAGGGAGCUCGUCGAUGAGUGCAAGACUUUCUUCUUCGGUGGACAUGAAACGACGGCGUUGGCACUCACUUGGACGUUGCUGCUUUUGGCCAUGUAUCCGGAGUGGCAAAACCAAUUGAGGGACGAAAUUAGACAAGUGAUUGGAGAUGACGAGAUCGAUUUCGCCAAGCUUGCUGGCUUAAAGAAGAUGGAAUGUGUGAUGAAGGAAGUGCUAAGACUCUACUCACCGGCACCAAACGCACAAAGGCAAGCGAGAGAAGAUAUCAAAGUGGAUGAUCUGGUUAUUCCUAAUGGAACCAACAUUUGGAUCGACGUUGUGGCCAUGCACCAUGAUCCGGAGAUAUGGGGCGAUGACGUUAACGAGUUCCAACCAGACAGGUUUAAAGACGAUCAUCUAUACGGCGGGUGCAAGCACAAGAUGGGAUUCUUGCCGUUCGGAUUCGGAGGGAGGAUGUGUGUAGGGAGGAAUUUGACAAUGAUGGAGUACAAAGUUGUGUUAACCCUUAUGCUCAAUAGGUUUUCUUUCUCACUUUCACCAAGUUAUAGACAUUCACCUUCUAUUUUGCUUUCCCUAAGGCCUAGAUAUGGACUGCCCCUCCUAGUUCAAACCCUCUAGGC